AUGGACGAAGACGACACUUCCCCACCUCACCCUCCCCAACGCCACGACAACAACAACGAGAGCGGUGCUGAAACCACCACCACCACCCCAACCGCCACAGCAUCAGAAUCCAAAGACGAUAACAACAACCGAAAGUGCAAGGGCAAAGGUGGCCCGGACAACAACAAGUUCCGCUACCGCGGCGUGCGGCAGCGGAGCUGGGGUAAAUGGGUGGCGGAGAUUCGCGAGCCACGUAAGCGCACUCGCAAGUGGCUCGGGACCUUCGCCACCGCUGAAGACGCCGCCAGAGCCUACGACCGAGCCGCUAUAAUUCUCUACGGUUCUAGGGCUCAGCUCAAUCUCCAGCCCUCCGGCUCUUCCUCCUCUCAGUCCUCCACGCGCGGCUCUUCUUCCUCAUCGUCGUCUUCUUCUUCCACCCAAACCCUAAGACCUCUGCUCCCUCGGCCCUCCGGGUACACAGGCUUCAGCUGCAACUUCGCCUCUUCGGCUCAUCCUUACGGUUUUGCACCCGCGCCCUACAAUUCAAUUGGGGUUUACCCUAACUCCUCCGUACAGAUGAGCUCUCACCUGGAAAAUCUGAAGCCACAGUAUCAACAAGUUGUGGUGCAGCAACAGCAGCAGCAGCAGCAAGAGUUUCAUCAUUAUCCAUUAUCAUCUGAUGGUUGCGGUGACGUCACCACCACCACCACCCCAACCUCGUACGUCCCAAACCCUAGUGUCCAUGCUCAUCAGCAAUACCAAGUACACCAGCCACAGGAUUUGAAUCAGAAUAAUCGGAGCUGUACUUCCUACGAGGAUAUGAACUCGAUUGUUGGGCCGCCGGGUUCGAGUUUGUCUAUGUCUUCGCAGCCCAUGGUGGUUGCACAGGCCGUUUCGGAUCCGAUGAUGAUGUCACCGAUGUGGCCUCUGACGAACGAGGAAGAGUGUGCCCAGAGUCUCUGGGACUACUACGGUGAUCCUCUCUUUUUGGAUUUUAAAGGAUUUGAUUGA